AUGGGCAUGGUCUUCGGCGAAGAAUUUAGGGACUUGAAAACGAAUCUUCAAGGGGUAGUGCCGGACAUAUUGGCAACGGACGAAUUCCAUUGGAAGCUAAAUACAAACGGAGAUUUCUCGGUGUCUAGUGUUUCACACUUGGUCUCUAAUGCAAAGGAUAUAGCUUGGUCUACAUCCACUAUCAAGUUGUUGGAUGUUAUUUGGAAGACAACCAUUCCGGCAAAGAUCAAGAUUUUCGCAUGGAGAUUCCUCACCAAUAGACUUCCGGUUAAAGUGCAACUUGGUAAUAGAGGUGUGUCUAAUCUUACUUCCUUUGAUUGCCCUUUUUGUAAUAGUCAUCCGGAAUCCUUGGAUCAUCUUUUCUACCAUUGCAAUGUCACAAAGGCGGUAUGGAAUAGAAUUUAUUUGUGGUUGGGUAAUGAUGUUAAGCUUUCUUAUGAGGAGUUUAAGAGCUUUGGGUGCAUACAAGAAAAGGAGAAAAACAUCAACUCUAAAGCUAAACUAAACAUAAUAUGGAUAGCUUUAAUUUGGUGUACUUGGAAUAUGAGGAAUACAAUCAUUUUUGACAAUGGAAAUUUUAGCUUCGACGAGGUCAUAUCAAACAUCUUGUAUUUCUCAUGGAGAUGGGUUAACAUUAUGGAAUUUCCGGGUAGGAUAACUUUUUAUGAUUGGUAUAAAUUACCAUUAUUUUGUAACAAAACUUCUUAG